AUGACCAAGGUUUUACGGGUGGACGAUAAGGAAGAAUGCGGCACUGACAGGAAACACUACGAUUGCAGAGACUCCGACUUCAAAUUCGUCGGCUGCUGUUCCCACAAUCCAUGUAUCAAACCUCGUGGCUGGCGCGACGAUCCCGUCACCUCAGACCUGAGCUCUUGGCCAACUAGCGACAUGUCUGAUACCGAAACUAAUUCGUUCGAGGACAUUCCCACUGGAAACAUUGUUUCGCUAGCUGACGGAGUUGUCAGUGAAGUUCCCGAAACAUCAUUUAGUCGAAGAAAGUUCAGUGCUUCACUCACCAUGUCCGACGACGAGGAAACUUCUUCGCCUGAUAGGCACACAGCACCUUCCACUACUAAGACCGACUCAGGGAUCACCCAUACGGUUUCAAACCCCAAUAAGGUCACAAUUACCAACAGGAGGACUACCUUUAUCAGCCAGGCACCUUCAACACCGACCGGCUUCAUGACUUCCGUGACCUCAGCUGGCACAGAUCAAUUUCCAUUUCCAACUGGAUCCUUUGAUGGCACAGCUACCUCAUUGCCUACUGAGACGAGCACAUCAGGUACUUCUCUCGAUGAUAACAACAAUGCAGGAUCGCCCUCGAUUGGUCUUGUUGUCGGUGCAGCAAUAGGCGGCAUUGCUUUCUUGGCCCUCAUCAUCGGUGCAGUGGUUUGCAUACGCCGUCGAAAGGCCAAACAGAUGGAGUUCCCCAAUACCCCUUACUACCUGGAAGAAAAGGCGGAUAAGAGCCUACUCAGCAGGAUGCUGUCACGCAAGAGCACUCGUAGAAGUGAAGAUCCAUUUGCACCAUUUGGAGGCCGUAUCGACAGAGUAGACAACCACCUCCGGCCCCCCAGUGGCACUUUUGAGAUGGAUGGCGCUGACAAUGUUGUGCAUGAGCUUCCUGCAGUCACUUUCAGCGACGCCAGAGAAAAGGAGUCUCAGCCAGAUCAUGGUGCAGCUGCCGUUUCUGGAUAUUCUGCUCAGACUGCAUAUCCUACAGCAAAUGGGAGCUGCAUAGAUCCCCGUGCCAAUCUCAACGCUACGUUGGAGGACCGCCAGCAAAAGCAAUUUGUCAAUCACUGGAACCAAUAUCGAACUCUCGGUGAAAACAUGAAUCAACAGCAACCAGGAUGA